AGGCGUUACGAGGUUGGGUACGCAUGAAGUCUAGGUCAAUGGAGGAAGUAGAAAGUUAUUUUUCCAAGAAGUUUUGUUUCCAGAGCUCCAGCAAGUGGAAACUGCCAUCAGCACACCAAAUGUUUCAAUCUUCACGUUUUCAAUUGGAGGCAAUGCAGGAAAUGAAGAUGAAACUUAAUUCAACGAAAUCUAAGCUUAACGAUUUUGAACUAGCAUCAUGGCAUCAACACACGAGAGAUAGUAAUCCUGCUUGUUUAGUUACUCGCCAUCUGCGAUAUGAACUGAAUGCAGAACUGUGCACUCAGGCUUGGGCAAAGUUUCAUGAAAUCGUAUCUACAUACAAACUGAUUCCUGAUGAGGCACUAUCACUGAAAUUGUUGAAUACAGUUCAUCUGUGUGAGGCACCAGGUGCAUUUAUUACCAGCCUGAAUCACUAUGUGAAGAGUCAUUGCGUUGAUUUGGAGUGGCAGUGGGUUGCUACAACACUUAAUCCAUUUUAUGAAGGAAAUUCUCCUGGAUCGGUAGUUGCUGACAAUCAAUUUAUUUUAGACACUCUAGAGCAAUGGGAUUUUGGGAAAGACAACAGUGGAGAUAUUAUGAAUUGGCUGAAUAUUGGUGGUAGUCUGUGUGCACGUGUAAAUCAGUGGUCAGUGAAACUGGUGACUGCAGACGGUAGUGUGGACUGUCAGGAUGUUCCCGAUGAGCAGGAGAGUUAUGUAGCACCAUUGCAUUAUUGUGAAACUGCAACAGCAUUAACUGUGUUGGACAAGGGAGGUUCGUUUCUUAUCAAGAUAUUCACCAUGUUUGAACAUCAAACAAUCUGCUUGAUUUAUCUACUUGGCUGUGCAUUUGAGCAGGUAAAUGUAAUGAAGCCAGCCACUAGCAAGGGGGGCAAUUCUGAAGUUUAUGUUGUCUGUUUGAAGUACAGAGGACGAGAUGUGGUGACUAGCAGUCAUCUUCACUGCCUGCAACAGGCUUUUGGUGUCGUGGGAGGAUCAGAGACUACAGCAAUGUUUCCUUUGGAGCUGGUAGCUUCUGAUGCACUAGAAGAAAUAGUGAAGUGUGCCAAGCAAUUCAUGGAGUUUCAAAGAGCAGCAAUAGAAAGGAACAUUUACCUUUACCAGUCGAUCACAAAGAAACAGAAGAGUCGACUUUACUCUAUUAAGAAACAACUGACUAGUUGCUAUGUGGCAAAAUAUAAUGUGAAAGCAAUACUACAAGAGCAAUAUGUAGUCAAACGGCAUCACUUGGAUGGAACUUGCUUGAGCAGUCGGCCUGUGUGGAGUGAUACCACUAGACAGCUGCACUCUGGCAGCUACAGCCAGAGACGGGAGAGAAAUGCACAGUCAUGGCAUGACAGACUGCUACAAUGUGGAAUUGCCAAAGAUUCUAUUGUUUAUUCUACUGAGCGGUUUCAUUCUCAUAAAGACAGCAGAAAGAGUAGUUUUACAGAAGUUUUGAAAACUCCUGCUCAUUGGUUUGAAAGGAGUGGCGAUGCUUUGGCAUUAUCACACAUAGAACCGGAAUAUGGACGUGCCAUAUUAAAGGUUCUCAGUUCACCAUUUUGUAGUAGAAAAAUAUUGGAUGAUUACAAAGAAACAGUAUGUAAUGCUAAGGUUUUAUGCGAUGAGAAUUUGCCUGCUAUGUGUCAGUUGUUCAGCAAUGUCUAUCCCUUUUAUGCAUUUCAAGCUUGCAAAGUUCCUUAUUUUUUGUCUAUUGAUGGACUCAACAUGGCAGCUGUUUGUUUUAUUACUCAAAUGGAGAAAUUGAUGGGAUCAGUAUUGGAUCUUAGUGGGAGAUGUGGGGGCUAUGAAAGAUAUUUCAGGCGGACAUUUCCAAAGGCUAAGAUUCACGUUGCUAAUUAUGCGGAAACAAGAUGUAAUAACGAAUAUCGUGAGUCUACAUGUGAUGUUCAAGUCCAUCAAGUUAAAAGCUUUGACACACUGUCUAUUAUGGGUUUGUGUGAGUCAGUGAUGUCAUCUGGUUGUAUUGAUGUGGUUGUUGGAGAUGCUGAGUGUGUGGCUGUGACAGACUGUUCACCAUACAGAAAAGAGAUACACACUAGACCCUUUCUCGUUGCUCACUGCAUCAUUGCUCUCAGAGUUUUGAGGUUGGGUGGCUCCUUUAUAUGUCGACUGUUUGACUGUUUUACUCGAGUCACUGCUGCUGUCCUGUUUAUUCUUCAGAAAGUCUUUGACAAAAUUUGCAUUGUGAAACCUGCCACAUCAUGUCCACUUACGCCAGAUAGAUUUGUUGUUUGCAAGGGUUUCAGAAGUUGUGAUGCUGCUGUUGUAGAGAAACUAUCAGGAAUUCUAGAUCAGAUGCUUGAUUCUGAGUCUACACAUACAGUUGUGGAAAUUGUUCCAAUAGUUCAGCUGCUAAAAACACCAUUUUGUAAGUCCCUUAUAACAACAAAUGAGAGUCUAUCAUGCCAAAUCACUCGCACCCUCAUUCCGGUGGAAUGCAAAUUUCUCCAGCCUACAGAACAUACACAAGAUGGUGAUGGCAGCAGUGAGGCUCUUUGCUCAUCAGUCCUUGCUGCUCUUGGGUUGUCUUGUGAAAGAUAAAAGUAGAAUGCAUACGAUGUGAAGAUGAGCUAAAUGGCACGUACAUGAAGACGUGUACCACAGAUUGCAAGGCAAACAUGAUUACUUAA